CACUGCGUGUUGCUGUUUGUUAGCACGGAGGCUACGGAAGUGAGCUGUUGACAGAGCUAAAACGUGUCCAGCUUGUUCGCUGAACGUUAAUGUACCUUCUCACGAAUCGUAAGUCCGUGAACGCAGCGUGUGUUGAGACAGCGGAGGCUGGAGCAGCAGCAUCAGGGUGAGGAUGGAGAGCUAACGACCGGCCAGUCAGUGGUGUGUGUGUGCGUGUUUGUGUGUGUGUGUUCCUCCACGGCAGCGUCCGUAUGAUUGACAGAGCCACUGAAAUCGUCCUGAGCAGAAAACCACAGAAGAAGAAGAAGAAGUGACAAGGGAGGACGGAUGGACUCCAUCUCCAUGAUGAGCAGCAGCAGGAGCCACGUGUUCCUCACCGGCGCCUCCUCCUCCUCCUCCUCCUCCUCUCACCACCUCCACCACGCCCAGCAGGCCUGUUUCCUGCCCAACGGCAUGAAGAACGGGGGAGUCGGGGACGCCGGGGGCGCCGCCUGCCCGCCCGCCCAGCCCGCGGUGGCCGUCCUGGGCUCGGGCGACUUCGCCAAGUGCCUGUCCAUCCGCCUGCUGCGCCGCGGCUUCCACGUGGUGGUGGGCAGCCGCCAGCCCAAGCUGGCCGCCCAGGCGUUCCCCCACGUGGUGGACGUGACGCACCACGAGGACGCCGUGGGCAAGGCCCGCGUCGUGUUCCUGGCGAUCCGCCGCGAGCACUACUCCGUGCUGUGGGACCUCAAACACCUCCUGGAAGGAAAGAUCCUGGUGGACGUGAGCAACAACCGGAGGGUGAACCAGUAUCCGGAGUCCAACGCCGAGUACCUGGCCUCGCUGCUGCCCGACUCCGUCGUGGUCAAGGGCUUCAACGUCAUCUCGGCGUGGGCCAUGCAGCAGAGCUGCCCCAAAGACGCCAGCACGCAGGUGUUCAUCUGCAGUGACUCGGUGGAGGCCCGGCAGCAGGUCAUGGAGUUGGCCCGCCAGCUCAACUUCCAGCCCGUGGACAUGGGCGCCCUGUCGUCCUCGCGCGACAUCGAGAACAUGCCCGUGCGGCUGUUCCCCGGCUGGAGGGGCCCCGUGCUGGCCGCCGUGGCGCUCUCCAUCUUCUUCUUCGCCUACUCCUUCGUGCGGGACGUCAUCCACCCGUACGUGAAGCACAAGCAGAGCGACUUCUACAAGAUCCCCAUGGAGAUCGUGAACCGGACGCUGCCCACCGUCGCCAUCACCCUCCUGGCGCUGGUCUACCUGGCGGGCCAGCUGGCCGCCGCCCACCAGCUCUACUACGGCACCAAGUACAGGCAUUUCCCGCGCUGGCUGGAGGGCUGGCUGCAGAGCCGCAAACAGAUGGGCCUCCUCAGCUUCUUCCUGGCCGCCGUCCACGUCCUCUACAGCCUCUGUCUGCCCAUGAGGAGGUCGGAGAGGUACCUGCUGCUGAACACCGCCUACCAGCAGGUCCACGCCAACGUGGAGAACGCCUGGAACGAGGAGGAGGUGUGGCGGGUGGAGAUGUACGUCUCCUUCGGCAUCAUGAGCCUCGGCCUGCUGUCGCUCUUGGCCGUCACGUCCAUUCCGUCGGUGCACAGCGCGCUCAACUGGAGGGAGUUCAGCUUCAUACAGUCCACUCUGGGCUACAUCGCCCUGCUCAUCGCGACCCUCCACGGCCUGCUGUUCGGCUGGAAGCGGGCCUUCGAGGAGGAGGCCUACCGCUUCUACCUGCCCCCCAGCUUCGUGGUGUCGCUGGCCCUGCCCGUGUGCGUGAUCCUGGGCAAGGUGGCGACGCUGCUCCCCUGCGUCGCGCGCAAGCUCCACCGGAUCCGCCGGGGCGUGGACAGCAGCCAGCACCGGUGCCAGCGGCUGGAGCCCGUGGGCUCGGCGGCCCACGUCUCGCCCGAGCGAGUCACCAUCAUGUGAUCGGCGCCGCACGGGGCUCUGUGCUCCUCUAACUGGGGAUUUCUUCCCCCACACAUACUGCCAUGUGCCAAAUGAGCACCAUUUACUUUAUAUUUUGAGAAUAAGAUUCUCACUUAUUCCUACCUUGUUAUCGUCAACAGUUUUCCUCCCGACAUGUGAAUUGUGUUCAUGUGUACGUAGCCGCGAUGCUGUUUCGCCGUGAGCACUGAUCUUGAGCAACUAUUACGUUACGGUUGUUUUCCCAAAUUGUGAAAGCUGAAUAUAAUGUCCUGUCAGUGUCCCCGUCAAUGUGCUCCAAAGUACCUGCCAAAAUAUUUCGCCAACACGCAUUAAUAAUACACACGACAUAUAUUUGUAUUGUUUAAUUUUGAGGAGUAUAACCCACAAUGGUAUCAUUGUGAUGUCACUACAGACAGAACGCACACGGUAAAGGUGUUUGUGUUUUGCCAGGCAGUAAAAAGAAGACAACUGUGAGUUGCAUUAUGGGAAUUGUAGGAUGCAGUGUUUUGGACAACCCCUACCAAGGGAAUAAAAGUCAGGGGGCGAGGUCGAAUUGUCAAAUUGGCUAAGGAAGUUUACCAAAUCUUGACGUGACCCGGGAGUAUUUGAUCGGCAGCCAUGAUGAGAGCCGUUUGGGUUCUCUAAAUGCAUAGGAAAGGAGCUUCAAUGCUUCCUUUCCACCUUUCCUCGACCUCAUGACGUUUCUCACUGAGGUCACGGAAUAGUAGAUAGGGAGGAGAAUUCGUCCUCACCCGGGACGUGUCAGUCCCUGCUGCGCAAACCAAAAUGCUGUAAUGGCCCUUUAAUUAUCCACUUGCAGGUUGAUACGUUUCUUUCUAGUUGUCCUAUUCUUGCAGACACAAUGGAAUAAUACUGAAUUGUCAUAAUGUGCCAUAGAAAAACAAUGAUUAAUUUAUGAGGUUGUGUCAUAUUACUAGUAACUUUUUCGUUGUUAAACUUGUCAUUUUUUGCAAACUGUCAAAUGUGGAGUUUUUUUUUUUUAAAUAUAUAUAUUUAUUCUGCAGCAUCACUGUGUUGUUACGACUUCCCCUCUGUCAUGUAGCAGUGGAUAUCGUGUCCGUCUCGUCAUGUUCUAAUGUCUCCGACGGGGAAUUCAUCAUGUGUUCACACACGGACUUCUUGUGCCUCGUCAUCCGAAACAGGCCAGAUGAUCUGAUGCUUUUUCAAUGUAUUUGACGUGUGUGUGUGUGCGCGCGUGUAAACUUUUCCCAUCAGCUCCGAUGCUGGUGUCGAGCCUCUCGACGUGUCCCGUCAACUUGGAAGACUGCAGCUGUUGUCCCGCGGCAGGAAGACGAUCAGUCCUUUCAUUUCCUCGAGUGAGUCACUCUGUUCUUUCCCUCGCAAUAACAAAUAAAGCUAAGUGUGACGUUCACUGUGGCGGAUCGUCCAUCUGAA